CCUCCUUUAAACGCCCACUUCCAAUCCCAAAGAGUAUUUUCCUCUCGUUUUAUUUUUGCCCCCAUGACACUUAUAUAUAGCCCCACCCUUCCUUUCCUUACUUCACCAACCCAAUCUCUUAGCUUUCUUCUCCUCUAUCUAUAGCUCCCACAAAACACCCAGAAUCUUAAAACUACAAAAGCAACUAAGAAAAUGGCUGGGGUUUGGGUUUUCCGACCAAAUGGUGUAAUUAACCUUGAAAAUCAUCAGGGGAAAAAGGCUUUGGUGCACUUAGCAACUGGGAAAAUAGUAUCAUCUUACAGCUCCCUUGAGCAAAUCUUGAAGCAAUUUGGGUGGGAAAGGUAUAAUGGAGGUGACCCUGACUUCUUGCAAUUCCAUAAGCCUCCCACCAUCGACCUAAUUUCUCUCCCUAGGGACUUCGCAAGGUUCGGUUCGGUUCAAAUGUUCGAUAUUGCCCUUAAAUGUCCCAAUACCUUCCAUGUCCGAGAUAUGUAGCUCUCACUAUCUCUUAUUAGUUGUUGAUUUAUGUAUGAAUUAGUAGUUUGCUUGUGGUUCCUGUAUUUUGUCCUAGAAUUCAGGAAUGGUGUGUCAUGCAGGCCAAUUUGGCUUCUUAGCUUUGUUGUACUACAAUAAAAUUGAAAGGGGUGUCUGUGCUUGUUAGCUAAUUA